UCGGUCAGUUCAGAAACCGACGCUAAAACUAAAGAAACGGAGAUGAUCAGCCCCGCUGAGUCCCAUAUGAUAGCAACUGUCUUCUCUGUUCGCACCAGUAGUUCCGUUUUCUCUAGUGUCAAUGAGCGGCAGAAGCGGCCAGUUGAUUGGAUCUAUAUCCCCCUUAAGAUGUCCGGGGAAUCGACGAUCACCCUCCCGAGUCACGUUCCCGUGGAACUCCGGGAGUCAUUAAUCUGUGUGUUAAAUGGUUACUCAGAAGUGCUGAGCGUGCAUGACAAUGAUAUCGGCUUAACUAAUGUAACUGAGCAUGCCAUCCUCACAGGAGAUCAUCCGCCUAUUAGCUGCACUCCCUAUCGAUACUCUCCAGCUCAAAGAGCGGCCGUUUUUCAGCGGAUUAAGGAGUUCGAAGCUAAUGGAUGGAUCGAACCUGCUAUAGGUCCAUGGUCUUUCCCUGUAGUGAUCGUACCUAAGAAGGCUGGAGGGAUUCGCAUUUGCAUUGAUUAUCAAAAGUUGAAUGAUAUCACGAUCAAAGAUGUGUAUCCCCUCCCCCGGAUUGAUGAGUUGUUAGAUGCGAUUGGGAGUGCUCGAUUUUUCAGCAAGUUUGAUGUUCGCCAUGGGUUUCAUCAUCUUCUUGUUCGAGAAGAAGAUCGUCCGAAAACGGCAUUUGUGCUUUUCGAGGGUACAUGGCAGUGGAUUCGAUGUCUGAUGGGUAUCUGCAACGCCCCUGCGACUUUCCAGCGAACCAUGAACAUGGCUUUUCAGAACUUUGUACGGAAAACUCGUUUGGCGCAGAGCAUCAUCAACUAUUGCGUGAUUGUAUACAUGGAUGACAUCUUGGUGUAUUCAAGUUCCUACGAGGGACAUGUGCAGCACAUCGAAUGGGCACUGCAUGCGUUACGAGAUGCAGGUUUCAAGGUGGCGCUUGAGAAGUGCCAGUUUUUCCUCACCACCAUUUCUUUCCUGGGGCACGUGGUGACAGACAAGGGACUCCAACCGGAGCCGCAGAAGGUGGCAGCUGUCAGGGACGCGCCCGCACCUACCACCAUCACGCAAGUUCGCGCCGUUCUGGGCCUAGCCUCGUAUUACCGAAGAUUUAUCAAGGGUUUCGCGGCGAUUGCGGGACCCCUCACAAAUCUCCUGCGCAAGGAUCAACCAUUGAUCUGGACACCGGAGUGCGAUCAAGCGUUUUCCAAACUCAAGGCUGCUCUCAUUUCGGCUCCGAUCCUUAUAAGACCGGAUCCCGAAAAACCUUUUGUUCUCAUCAUUGACUGGCAGCCAGAGGCGAUUUCGGCGAUUCUUGCCCAGGUGGGACCGAGCGGACUCGAGAGUGUGGUGGAGUAUGCGUCCAAAUCAGUGCCCGCCUGCAAGCGCAAUUACACUGCUCCAACAGGCGAAUGCUAUGCGGCUCUCUGGGGGAUCAGUCACUUUUGUGCUUACCUUUACGGGCGAAAAUUCACCCUGGUGACUGAUCAUGAGCCCUUGUUGGCUUUGAAGAAGUCGAAGGAUUACUCGGGCAUGAUCGGGCGAUGGGCAACAGUGUUGCAGAGCAUGGACUUUGACAUCCGCCAUCAGAAGCACGAGAGACACGAGAACGCGGACGGACUGAAACGACUACAUCGGCCUGAGAAAGUCCCGAAGAAUGAGGAGGUAAUUCCAUGGAGCGAACCCGAACAAGAAAUUGGACCUCGGUACGGCCAAGUGGAGAUCUUAUCGAAGCAGUAACUGGCACGAGGACUAAUUGUUCUGUUCUACCCUCUCUGCAUCCUCUCCUCCUCUGAUAUCAUGGCUACUCCACUCACCUCCGCAACCCCUUCAUCUCCUACUAAUUCUGCCCCGCUCACAUCCUCCAUUUUCUUUGUCACCCUCCCCGAUAAAUUCUGAUAUUUUUG